AUGGUGAAGGUAGAGGCUCCAGCCAUGGUGAAGGGUGAAGGUAGAGGCUCCAGCCAUAGUGAAGGUAGAGGCUCCAGCCAUGGUGAAGGUAGAGGCUCCAGCCAUGGUGAAGGUAAAGGGUCCAGCCAUGGUGAAGGUAGAGGCUCCAGCCAGGGUGAAGGUAGAGGCUCCAGCCAUGGUGAAGGUAGAGGCUCCAGCCAUGGUGAAGGUAAAGGGUCCAGCCAUGGUGAAGGUAGAGGCUCCAGCCAGGGUGAAGGUAGAGGCUCCAGCCAUGGUGAAGAUGAAGGCUCCAGCCAUGGUGAAGGUCGAGGCUCCAGCCAUGGUGAAGGUCGAGGCUCCAGCCAUGAUGAAGAUGAAGGCUCCAGCCAUGGUGAAGGUCGAGGCUCUAGCCAUGGUGACGGUAGAGGCUCCAGCCAUGGUGAAGGUAGAGGCUCCAGCCAUGGUGAAGAUGAAGGCUCCAGCCAUAGUGAAGGUAGAGGCUCCAGCCAUGGUGAAGGUAGAGGCUCCAGCCAUGGUGAAGGUAGAGGCUCCAGCCAUGGUGAAGGUCGAGGCUCCAGCCAGGGUGAAGGUAGAGGCUCCAACCAUAGUGAAGGUAGAGGCUCCAGCCAGGGUGAAGGUAGAGGCUCCAGCCAUAGUGAAGGUACAGGCUCCAACCAUGGUGAAGGUAGAGGCUCCAGCCAUGGUGAAGGUAGAGGCUCCAACCAUGGUGAAGGUAAAGGGUCCAGCCAUGGUGAAGGUAGAGGCUCCAGCCAUGGUGAAGGUAGAGGCUCCAGCCAUGGUGAAGGUAAAGGCUCCAGCCAUGGUGAAGGUAGAGGUUCCAGCCAUGGUGAAGGUAGAGGCUCCAGCCAUGGUGAAGGUAGAGGCUCCAGCCAUGGUGAAGAUAGAGGCUCCAGCCAUGGUGAAGGUAAAGGCUCCAGCCAUGGUGAAGGUAGAGGCUCCAGCCAUGGUGAAGGUAGAGGCUCCAGCCAUGGUGAAGGUAGAGGCUCCAGCCAGGGUGAAGGUAGAGGCUCCAGCCAUAGUGAAGGUAGAGGCUCCAGCCAGGGUGAAGGUAGAGGCUCCAGCCAUAGUGAAGGUAGAGGCUCCAGCCACGGUGAAGGUAGAGGCUCCAGCCAUGGUGAAGGUAGAGGUUCCAGCCAUGGUGAAGGUAGAGGCUCCAGCCAUGGUGAAGGUAGAGGCUCCAGCCAUGGUGAAGAUAGAGGCUCCAGCCAUGGUGAAGGUAAAGGCUCCAGCCAUGGUGAAGGUAGAGGCUCCAGCCAUGGUGAAGGUAGAGGCUCCAGCCAUGGUGAAGGUAGAGGCUCCAGCCAGGGUGAAGGUAGAGGCUCCAGCCAUAGUGAAGGUAGAGGCUCCAGCCAGGGUGAAGGUAGAGGCUCCAGCCAUAGUGAAGGUAGAGGCUCCAGCCACGGUGAAGGUAGAGGCUCCAGCCAUGGUGAAGGUAGAGGCUCCAGCCAUGGUGAAGGUAAAGGCUCCAGCCAUGGUGAAGGUAGAGGCUCCAGCCAUGGUGAAGAUGAAGGCUCCAGCCAUGGUGAAGGUAGAGGCUCCAGCCAUGGUGAAGGUAGAGGCUCCAGCCAGGGUGAAGGUAGAGGCUCCAGCCAUGGUGAAGGUAGAGGCUCCAGCCAUGGUGAAGGUAAAGGGUCCAGCCAUGGUGAAGGUAGAGGCUCCAGCCAGGGUGAAGGUAGAGGCUCCAGCCAGGGUGAAGGUAGAGGCUCCAGCCAUAGUGAAGGUAGAGGCUCCAGCCAUGGUGAAGGUAGAGGCUCCAGCCAUGGUGAAGGUAAAGGGUCCAGCCAUGGUGAAGGUAAAGGGUCCAGCCAUGGUGAAGGUAGAGGCUCCAGCCAGGGUGAAGGUAGAGGCUCCAGCCAUGGUGAAGAUGAAGGCUCGUUCGGCCACCUCGGCAGCUACGCAAUGUGUUUCUGUCCUAAGAAUAAAGAUUUCAACUUUGUCGGCGAAUCUGAUCCUGAAUCACCUCGACAACUCUUGAAUGCUUUCAGAGUUUAUGGUAAACUCAACUAUACUUCUAGCGUGCCUACUAUAUCUAAGAGUAUGCCAGAACCAGGAAUAAGUCUUCAUACCAGGAAAAGAUGUUAA